AUGAAGUUAUCAUUCUUGUUAUCAUUUCUCAGCACUUCUGCUAUUGUUUUGGCAAAUACUCAAAACUUCACUUUGAAGUGCUUUGCUCCAAAUACUGUUCUAGAAGAUGCUAAUCUUCAUGUUGAUGAGGAUAACAAGAUUUAUAUCGCCAACGUUUCGGAAACUGCAACUGGUCAAUUAUUAAAUAAUGGGUCACUAGCUAUUGGAGAUACUAUCAUGGGGAUUGGAAAAAACUACUUAUCGUUAGAAGCUGACUCUACUAGUUUUGAAUACGUGAAUUCCUGGUCCAUUGAGAAUGGUUACUUGAAACUAUAUGGUUCAGACUUUCACGCAGUUCCAUCAGGGAUGGAUGGUAUUUACGUUCUAGGCAGUAUUAAUGCAGCAGCUGGUAGAGACGAUGUUAUCCCAAUUGCAAUCAAAGCUGAAGAUAGCUCAGGUGCUACUAUUGCGGACUUUAACCCAGAAUCCGGUUCAAGUUCUAGCGUUUUGAGUGUUUUGGGCUCUCAAACCUUUGAUCAUAGCUCAGCAAGUAUGACAGCAUUGAAAUCUAGUGUAUCAUCAAGUAACUUAGGCUCUGAAAAUUUUGUGAAGCUGUUUGGAGCAUUAGGUAGUGGUUUGGUCGCUUUGAUUAUGAUGAUUUAG